UAUGCACUCGUGUGUACGUGCGCCUUUUAAGCUAAAGUAGCUUAUUGGCGAGCUCCAAUCUUGGUAAAUAACCGUGGUUAUGACAAUAUUGAUAAUAAAUACGUGAACGUGGUGACUAAAGUUCAGAUUAUCAGGAGGCAGCCACUAAUUAAUUGGUAUCGGGCAGUUUAUUCGAAAUUUCAUGAAUAUCCCAAAAUAUCAACAAGUUAUUAUAUUACUUUGUGCUAAUGUUUUCGCCCAUUCGUAAUUUCGUCGUAUUGUCAUUUGUCAGGCCACGCAGGCGUUGUAUUUGUCCCGUGUCUCGUGCCGUCUAUACGAUCACCGAAAUAUCUAUUCCGAUUUCUGAGCUUAUGUUUUUAUAACAUAGGUACCUCUACCUACAACCUUAUUUCGACUGGCCCAACAAAACGACGGUCGCCGAUGGUCAAGUACUGAAAAUUACCAUCGUAGAUAACCUUUUACUAGUCUACCUAUAUCAUAGACACAAGUACCCAGUUGCAGAUAGUUCACUCACAUAUUUUUAUCAACUAACAAUCAAAAUGACUUACCAUCAAAGAAAUUCAUCUCCAAACUUCAACAAGAUAUUCGAUAAGCAACUACUGACUCCAGAGCAGGUUCAACAAGCGUCCAUACUGGAGUUAAGGGCAGACCCAUUGCUAUGGGCUGCAUACAAACGCGGCUGGGAUGAAAAUUUCUCAAAAAAUCAGGUGACCCAUGAUUCAAACUUUCCAGAUGAUAAUGACAGUUUGGGUGAUGAUAAUUAUCACCAGAAUAAAAACGUUAGGGAGGAUAGUAUGAACGAAAAUACAUUUAGUCAGCAAUAUCGUCUCCAAAAAACAGUUAUUAACACUAAUACUAACUGUAAAUCAAAUCAAACAGAAUUUAUGGAAACUGAUAAUUAAAGAAUAAACUUAAAAAAAUAUAAUA